AUUCAAGUAUGGCGGACGACGACAGUGAAAGCGAUGCGUCGACAAAUUUUAUAUCACCUCGGAUACUUUUCGUUCGUCUAAGAAAAGAUAAAUCUAAAGACGCCAUCGAAGAUGAAAUAUUCAAGCUCGUUAAUAAGGUGCUGGAUGAAUCCUGUGACAAUGGCGAAGUGUCAGAAGAAGCUAAAAAUUAUAUCAUCACACUACCGGACCUUUCUGCGGGUCAAAUACUCCAAGUUGCAGUAGGCCCAGAGUUUGUGGGCUUAUUGUUUGAUAAUGGACGUGUCUGUAGGUUUAAAUGUGUUACAAAAAAUCUGGAUUCUUCGAAGAAGUUAUGGAACUCCCAACGGAGCCAAGAUGAACCAAGUUUCCAAGUUCAAAGCGAUGAAGCCUAUGCUAGACAGCUUCAAAACCAGUAUCUGAAUAAUGGAGCAACAACCAGCGCUGCCCCGAGACGAUCAUCAGCAUUUGGAGGUCCUAGUAUUUCUUCUUCUCGUUCUUUAAGUAGGACUACCUUCGGCAGUGGUACUCGGACGACACAGAGAUUUAUCCCAUCUUCUGUGCCAGCGUCAGGCAUGAGUGAAUCUACGACGACGGAAGCCCAGCUGGGCAAGUUCCCAGGUACCAGCUCGUCAGUUGGCGACAACGAAAGUCGUGAUUCGCAGGCAAAUACAUCAGGGCAAACGAGAAGUUCAGUUAUUAAAACUGUAGGGCGUAAUAAUGGCGACCAUAGCAAGGGCAACCAAUCAUCUCCGUCAACUAAAUCUGCAGCUGUAUCCAGUGAAGAUCAGGAAAAUAAUAAGAAGAAUCUGAAAGAGCAAGACAGUAAAACUACUCAUAGGCAGGAAAAUUCUGCGGAAAAUCUAGCAGGUAAUGGUACUUCACUGUCAUCAUCACACACUUCCAGUGCUCGCCGCUCUGUCUCGUCACCAACUCUUUUGCAAAGAACAGUCUUUACCACCAAUUUUCCAGUCUUGAGGCAGUUUUCUGCCCCCUUCCUAUUUCCCUCAGCGGGUGUAUCAUUUCCUUUGUAUUCAAACUCAACAACAGGGCAGAUGUUUGGAUCCAGGGGAUCACUGCGGCUUGAGCCUCGUGUUGUCAGAGCUCAACUGGCAGAAGCAGGCGCAUUCCCAAGAACACCUCCAACCUCUAGUGCACAGCGGUGCGAGAGCAGGCCAGUUGUGACCAAGUGUACAAGUUGUUGCAGUGAUGCUGAUUUCAGCUAUCCAGAAAUUGGUGAAAUGGAGUGGCUUGAGGUUGAAAAUGUAAGUACCGUAUGGUAACCCUUUAAGCCCCAAGGCUGCGCUCUAAGGAAAAUUGAAGGGAGCCCAGUGCUCUGAACCUGUUAAAUUUAGGGUGCCCAGCAUAUGAUUUGUAUGAAAAAUCUGACAUUUUCUAGUCACCCAAGGGCAAAAGUUAGGUGCCAGGGGCCACCAGGCUCUGCUAGAGCACAGCCCUGAGCCCUAAGAGUGAUCAGCAUCAAAUUUCUCCUUGUAAUAUCACUGCUUUAUAAAACAGAGUGGUCAUGAAAAUUAAGGACAUGAUAAUACAAGGUGAAUCUAAUAAUAUUAUUGAUACUUCAACAAAUUCUCCCCACUACAUAUAUUGAAAACAUUUAGGGAUAACAAAUGAGAAUUUGAAUUUUGAUGUUUGGGUUUAAAGGAUUAAAAGGGCUAUGUCACAGCUGUCUAGUUCAUUUUGUGAAAAAUGCCAGUUGAUGCAUCCUUAUUUACUAUGGAACUUUAGAAUUAAACAUUCAAUACACAGGAAACAACCAGGGUGAAGUACAAACAUGGGAAAUCUGUUCUGUUGACUAUAUGAAUACAAAACUGACUUUAAUUUGAACUAGUGAAAAGGCUUCACAAAUGACACCAAAAAACUUUUCACGAAAAAUAAAUCUUUAUUACACGUGCAGACACAUAAAGGUAGUAACUCAAUGGUUUGACUACACAAAGAAACAUGUUUCACGUUUGAACAAAUUAUUCUUUUACACAUUAUUAAUUGUUCACGGUGAACCAGAAUACUCCUUUUCAACUUUUGCAGCACGCUUUAAAUUUCCAAACCUUUUUCUACUCAUUCUACUCAUUUUAAAAUAUUUCUAAAAAGAUUGAGAAACAUUUCUUGGCUGCUGUAUUGUAUGAUAUGAAAUGUUUACCACAACUUUACAGAGACUUCGAUUUCAGUUGGCCAAUCAAAGCAUGACACUUUUUAUUUCUUCGGUGAAAAGUUGCUGCAGGCAAGUGUGGUCAAAAUGCUUGCUGCUAUUUUGAGCCCUGUAUGAUGUAUUAAUGUACAUUGGUUCUUACUGCAAUUUGAACAUAUUAUGUGUGUGCUAUCUGCUCACAUCAUGUGUAGUUUUUUUUAUUAAAAUGGAAUGACUUUGGUGCACCAAACUAUAAAACAAUAAUGACUACAACCGUUUUUAUUCAUUUCAAAAAACUGGGUCAGUAACUUUGUAAAAAUAGCUACCAUGUUGCGGAAUUAGGGAGCCAUGGCUCUGUGAUAAAAUCUACAGUACAAUUAUUAUGCUACAUGUACAUUAAAAGUCAUAGACUAAUUAUUAGUUGAGGAAACAAUGAUCUUCAUAUUUUUUUAAUUUUUUUUUUUUGUAUCUGUUGUUUUACUUUUAGGGUAAGGAAGUUAUUUUCUCUCAUAUCACUGCCAUGCAUUCUGAAUUUUUACUGGUUGAAAAAGGAACUGGAAUCUUAUAUCAUUGGCCUUAUGAAAGUGACAUGGCAUGUUCUGUUGCCAUGGAGAUUUCCUCUUCCCAGGAACCAACCUACUUGCCAUUAGCAAAGCCACACCCACUGGGAGAAACUCUGGGAUUGGACAGUGAAGAAGUUUGUCUUCUGGCGUCAUCUGCUGUCCGCUGCUCUCUUGUGAUGACAAGUGGAAAAAUUUGCACUUUUUAUGACAAGCUGUUAAGAGGUACAUGUACAGAUCUUUAUCAAGAUCUUUAUUUUCACAUACACUGUAGUUACAUUGGAUACAUUAAAAAAAAAUGAAUGCACAAGCUAAAUAAAUGUAAAAUAUAUUACAUGUACUCAACUCAGUUCGAGAUUCUUGAUUCUGGGUAAAUCAAGAAUCGAGAACAAGCUAUCGAGAAUCAAGUCUCAUGAGACAGAAAACAAAAGAUUCACCCAUGACUGAUUUCCUGAUAAUUUUACUUAGACAUACAAUGUACAUGUAAAGGCAGUAAGUAAUGACUUCAGCACAGAGUUGACCAGUUAAACAGCAAUAUCCUUGUUACAUAGCACCCCUUCAUUUAUACUGUUCCAUUACUGCUGAUACAGUGAUUUUGCUACAAAUAGUUAUGGUGAGUCCUGGGACUCAUGAGUCCCUGUCCAGAACCAAUGAGUCCUCAUUAAAAAAAAAAUGAGUCCAACUCUGUUUUUUCAGUAUACUGAAAUUAAAAUAUAGUCCUUUUAGAAACUUCUAGUCCUGUUCUACAAAUACACAUGUUCAGAUCAAUCAAUCGAUAUUUGCAUCCUACAGGAUGCAUGUCAUGAAUUAUUUUAUGUCUUUGAGGAUUUUUAUGUGUAAGGGACACAGGAUGCAGAAGUAACAAAAUCACUGCUGAUAUUGAUGGAUGGGUUUUACUUAUAUGUUUUAUGAUAAUGUUAAAUGUACCUUUCCAGAAUCCAAUUGCGGAGACCCACCAGCCUUGAUACAAGAACUCUCCCAUCCAGCAAUGGCAUUUCCAGAACUUCAGGGAGAAAAGAUUCUCUCAAUCAGUUGCAGUGAAUUUUUCACCAGUGUGAUGACAAAGUCUGGUAAAGUCUUCUGGUGGUAAGUUUGGAACUGCCAGAGAAUGUGCUGAUACUUAAACCACAGUCAUGACUAUAAAAGAGAGUUGUGUUGGCAUGAUGAAGGCACAGGACCAAAUUGAUACAAAAUAGUGAAGUGACUUUGAGAACCCUAGUCAGUGAACAGUUUUUAACAAAAUCCUCUAAGUUAGGGUUCACUAAAACUCUUUAUUUGUAUACAAAACCUUGCAAUUCUUUUCCUGAUAAUGUUCAUUCAUAAUGUUCAUUUGAAUUUGAAAAGGGACUUUGUUUUAUACCAUAGUCAGAUUGCAUUUUGUUGUUUACUUGGUCACUGUGAAAUAAUCACUGUAAGGUAGACAGCAAACAGAGGACUGUUGCACAGUGCACAAAACAAUAUUUAUGAUUGACCUUCUGCUACAUAAAUCAAAUAAGCGACGCUUCACAAAUAACUUUGGGAUUACAUAUGUGUAUCUUACACUUGUAAACUUUACUGAAUUCCGCACUUGGAAUAUUUUGAUACCAAAGAUACUAAACUCCAUACAGUCUCUACUUCAGUUUGUAUCACAGACAAUUUUGUAACUUGGAUACUUGCUUCUAUCCCUGUGGUGUCCAUAUAAAGGAGAUCACUGUACAUCAGGGUUGUCAUUAAGAGCCGGGGGCCGGGGAUUUUCCCCGGCUACUAAGAGAGUAGCCCCCGCCUACUUUUAUCGGAAAAUAGAAGAAAAAUAGAACCAAAAGAAAUCCCUGGCCAUUUGAUUCCCCACCUACUUGUUGUAUUUACCCGGCAACUUGAAAUCUUGGUGACAACCCUGGUACAUAGUUAUAGAGGAUAAAUCAAAUAAAUAACUUAGAGCAUCAAACAUAUAUAUUUUGCUACUUCUUAUAGGGGUUUGUUACCUGCAGAAGAACGACAAAACUUCAAACAGAAGUUAAGCAAAGCGACCAGUGAAGCCAGCCACAUUGGCAUCAACGAGAAGGUCCAGCUUCGCCAACAUUUCCCUGGUUUUCCUGGUGCUUUGGUGUACAGAUGUUGUGAGAUGAGGGGACCCAUAGUGGGGCGUCUCAUAUGUCAUGAGUCCCCUGAAGGAAGUAGCACGACUGUAACAAAAAUCAGGGUUGAGCCUCUGACUGGCAAAAUUGAAAGUGGUGUACAGCCUGUUAGUGACCCAGGGGGCUCAGAUCAUUCAAAUACAGAAUCAGUAAGCUCUCCAAGAGGAAGAACUGUUGAAGAAGAGUUAAUCUCAAGUGACAAGGAUGUAGUGCGGUCCUCUAGCCCUCAUACCAGUGUUAAAAGGAAAGCCUUAAGCUCUAGCAAGCCAACAAAUGGCUCAGAAACUUGGGAGGUCAAAGAUGUUGUUUUUCUUGAAAGUGAAAACAAACUGCUGGGCACAGUAGCUGCCAUUGAUGGCCCUCAUGUUAUUGUCAAAGUAGCAAACAUAAUACCACCAUCUGACUCCUCACUGCGUGUUUUCAAAGUCUCAGAGCUAGAGUCUGUACCUAGUGAAGGUGAAAUGUCAGAAGGCACUGCUGGUAAUCAGUCAAUGCCAACAAGCUCACUGUACAGAGGGUGCAUACAGCAUACUCCAAAAUGCAUCGUGAACAGUUCAGGCAAACUACAUGCCAGCAACAAAGAACUACUUUCUGGUCUUAAGCCAUUAGCCAUGGCGACUACUUCAAUGGGAAUUUCUCUUGUCGCCAACCGCUUAUCCGACAGCAAGGCAUUUUUCUUGGGUCCAGCCAUGGAACAAGCAAUUGACAGUAGCAAAGUUUUCACUUGCAGUAGUGAUGUUAAUGUUUCAAACAACAAUGAUGAUGGUUCGUGUACUGUGGAAGCUGAAUCAGUUAAUAGUAAAGAAGGAGCUUUAGCACCAACAUGUCUGGUAUCAUCAGAUACACAAGGAAAAACAGUUACUGGGCAGAAGAGAAGAAGGGAAGAAGAUGAUGACGACAACGGUGACGAUGAUGAUGAGGAUGUGGAGAGUCUUCCAAGUGCUGUAACAGCAGCUAUUGAAGUUGAUAGUCCUCUGGCAUGUAAUGUUCAUUUAUCAACUCAUAAAUAUCCUAUGCUACAUUCAACCAGUGGCUGUGAGAUUGUCUUGCUGACUGAUAUCAAUCGCUGCAUUUACCCAAGGCCUUUUGGCACCAAGCUGUUGAACCCCAACAUAGGGGAAAUUCCAUCAAUUCAAAGUUUUGGUCUCGGAACAAGACUGGGUCAAAUGCCAGGAAGCUGCUCUCCACCUGAAAAAGUUCUUAUGGUAUUUAUAGGUUGGUAUACAUCAUCUGUCUAAUGUCAGUUGUGCCUUUCACUCUCUCUGUGUUUAGAGUGCUUUCUGCUUUGUGAAACACAGUUAUUGUGCAAUUUUAGACAAGAAAGUGUUUGCUGACCAGUACAAUGUACCGUCUCAAAUACCAGAAGUGUUAAAGUGAAUUCACCACUUAAACCCUUUAAGUCCCAAUAUCCGCCUACAAAUUCUCCAAACUGAUCUCCAUACAUUUCCUUGAAGAAUUAGUUGAGAGAAUUUGGUAAAAGAUCCAAUAUUUUUCUGUUUGUGAUCAUUUUGUUAAUUCCCAUAGACUUUGCUCAUGAUAGACUAUGGAUAUUGUAGGGAGAAAAUUGAUUUUGAGCACCAUUGGGACUCAAAGGGUUAAAAGUAAAAAAGGAAACUUGGCCAAGUUAACUUUCGCAAAGAAUUCUGGUAGUGUUACUAGGGAGAGGGAAAAAAUCGGCCAAUAGCUGACCACUGCGUCCCCAGUAACAAUCCCAGAAAGAAUUGCGCGGCGGUUCCUUUCCCGUUUCUUAAGUGGCAAAUGUGCUGACCUUGUUAUCUCUUUUUUGUUCACCAGCAUUUCAAGAGCAAAGGUUGUUGCAAGCAGUGCAAUCUGGUAUUGUGCAAAGGAUCAAGCAAGCAUUACAGUGGUUAAAGCAACUCAACUCCAGCAAAGAUAUGGGGAAGGGUAGCAAAGGUAGACCAAAGGGCACCAAAAAAAUGGCUAUCACUGGAAGUCAUGGGCAAAUUCAGCAAGAAACAAGACCUUCGGGGGAUGCAGCUGUAAUCAGCAAAAGGGUUUUACAGAUCCUUCAUCAACGUUCUUCUUCUAACCAGAAUGUUGUGCAUAUUUGCUGUAGCAAUCCGUCAUAUGCUGAGGAUCAACAAGCAGAUGUUAUGAGCCUAUUACAAGGUACUAAACUCCUGUAGAUGCUACGAUUUUACUUACAGCUGCAGCAUGCUUAUUUAAUUUCCUCAGAUGAGCUCUAGAGGGUUACUUACAUGUAUAAGUCUUUGUUAUUCAUUGUAGUGUUCUCCCUAAAUUUUAACUCAGUAGGUAAAGAAGCAUUCAUGCCCAGUAAGGCAAAAAAUAUGCCCCAGAGCUGCACUUUCUUGGGGGGGGGAGGGAGCAGUAGGGGAGUGAGAGACAUGGCCCCACCCUAGGAGGAGCUAAGUUGUUUGAAAUAUCAUUCCCUCAUUUUAAGACCUCUUUUACGCAAAUCGGCCGUUGUUAUCUUUAGACAACAAUUCAAAACGUUUAUUCCCAAUAAUUUUACUCUGUCUUCAAUCUUCUCUUUCCAAAAUGUGUGGCCUAUUAUAAGAAAAGCUGGGUACAUGUAUACUUUAGUACUUUUUUCAUAUUAUAUUCAUUCAUUUCCUUGAUUGGAUCGGAUCACAACUUGCUUAUUUCUUUAAAACUACUCAUGUAAUUUUAGUAAACCUUCAAGCGCCGGUUACAGGCAGUAAGAAGUGUUGCUUCAGGUGGUAAAUUUCAACAGUUACCGCCUGAUAAGGAGAACACUGUCAGUGAACACAAAUUGAAACAUAAAUAGAGCAUAUUACAUGGCAUUGUAGAGAUAUGAAGUUUCUUGUCCUGUGUAAGAACAAUAUUUCAAAGGCGAGUACAGCAAAUGAGUGGAAUAUUUCUCAACACAAGAAGAGAAAAUUUGUAUCUUUAAGUGGUCAUUUAAUGUUCUAUUUAUUGUAUUAACACCACUGACAUACCAAACCAUUUUCACUGUGAUAUCUUUUGCCUUGAGAGGUGUGAUUCAUUAUGUAACCAUAGCAACAUUGAUCUCACCCACAACUGGGAGCCGUGCCAAGCCAACCCGACAAUGCCGAAGAUAUCAUGUUUUUGUGCAAUAGCUAGCAUGGUACAGUAGUUCACGAGUGUUUAUGUAAUAAAAUAGCAGAUAUCAAGAAGAGGAAAAACAAAAUUAUAUUUCAGAUGGUGGUGGAUCUUCAGACCUUGAUUCUGAUGGUGCAAAGGAUAUCCCGAUUGAUGUGGCAGGAUUACACCUUCUUCUUAAUGAUUCCAUUUUUGCUAAAGAGCUUGUUCCAAUGGUGAGUAAAAUCAUAAGCUGCUUUUUUAUGGUCAUGAGAUUACUCUUAAUAGUUAGUUAACACAUGUCAAGUGCUCUUCUUUUGUCUCCUGGAUACAGGGUUGUCACUAAGAUUUCAAGUUGCCGGGUAAAUACAACAAGUAGUCGGGGAAUCAAAUGGCUAGGGAUUUCUUUUGGUUCUAUUUUUGUUCUAUUUUCAAAAAGACCAUUGUAGCCUGGGAAAAUCUUCUAUUAUUAGUCUGAAACUUCAGUCUGGAUUCAAGACCAUUGCAAGCUCUUCAUUUUAGUCUGAAACCCAAAGUGUUUUAUUUUCACAAUCCCAAAGUGUUUUUGAUGAUUAUAAAAGUCCAUAUUUCAGUUUCUAGAGGCUAUUUUGAGUCUUGAUCACUGACAUUGAUCAUUUUCCAUGUUACCACAGUCACUGAAGCAAAUUUUGCUCAUCAUGCAAAUUUAUAAAUGGAAAUUAACAAUGUAGAAUGUGGGAUGAACCAGUACAACAACUGCAUAUCUGACUAGUAAAAUUAAUGUUAAAACAUGCAACAUUAUUUCAUUGUUUUUUUUAUUAUUAUUAUUAUUUUCUUCUUGUACUGCAGCACUGUUCAUCAAAAAAUGUUGCCCAUAUUUCUGAGCCCGAGAAACUCAAUGCCCCAAUAUUUUAUUGAUCUGUCUCCUGUAAACUGCAUACUUGAUUUGGGUAUUUAAAGAAAGUCUGAAUUUUUAUACCCAGCGCAGGCAAUCAAUCUACAUGUACUUUCCGACCCUUGUAAGCCCGGUUUGUUUUUUUAUAGCUUAAAGAUCGUGAUGCUCGUGGCUACACUCCAUUCAUGACAGCUAUACAGAACCAUAACUUGAAAGCUGCCUUGUACAUUCUGGAUUUCGUAGAGAACAAUAAAGGUAUUUAACUGAACAGUAUUUUUUCUUCUCAUCACUUGCAUUUGUUCAAUUGUAAUAAUAUUAUUAUUCACGUCUCACUUGAUGAUGGAGUCAAGAGGACCCCAAAAAGGUUUGGGAUAAAUCUUCCAGUUUUCUUAUUAUUAUUUUAUUUACACAUAAUUAUGUAAGGACCACUUUUCAGGCCACAAUAUUACCUUUCUGCUGCUAAAUUUUUAUUCAUGAAGCUAAGCUGCAUAAAUUUUACAUUCAACAAAAGUCCCAAAACGUUUAUUAUAUUAAGGGCAGAAGCCCUCUUGUGGUUUCUAUAGCACAUACAUGUACAAAAAUGCACUGGUAUUUAUCAGUAGCAGAAAAUGGAGUUUGAUAGGUCAAGACCUUGUACCUUAUACCGCCUUCUUAAUACAUUCAAACAUCCCACUAGUGACCAACCCAAAGUGUGUAGGUUUUAUAGUGGUUACUUUUGGGAGGAGGUCACUGACAAAAAUCAAACCUCAAGGCAGGCAGGGGGUCUUUUGUGAGAUUUGUUUGGACACCUUUUUCAUUGUAGAGAAUUAUGUUAUUGCAUGCGAUUAUUAAGACUGAUAUGAUAUGUGUAGUUCCUUGUUGUCACUAAGAAUUCUUCUUAAUAUACUCCAAGUGGCAUAGUACAUGGAACAAACAUAAGGAUUAGACUAAACAUCAAGUGGGCACGUACAUGACAGGAGGGUUUAAACUGUGGAGAAUUCUACAUCUGUUAUCCCCCAAGAGUUUUUAACUGUAGAGCUUUGACCAGAAAAAUUUUGGUAUUUUAAAAAGUGAGUGCCUACAUGAGAUGGUUGCACAUGUAAUGGACUAUACAAAACAAAACUAUCUUAUUAUGAAUUGUAUUUCUCUGCCCCAAGGGGUAGGGGUAGUCCUCAAAAUUGCCAUACCCACCUUAAAUGUACCCAAGUAUAGCUGUAGUAACAUGCUGUGAGAACAAUCUGAGCAUCCCUUCUAGGGGAGAAGUAUACGUUUUGUAAAAACACCCAUAACUACCUCAUUCUGGAUAACCUACCUUACAGACUGACCUUACCAAGGCUGGCCUCGUGCCUUUAACAUUUUUCCUUUGCCUAUUACAGGAAACACCAACCCAAAAUUACAGUGUUCAGUGGAGGAAAUGAUUUAUCCUGAGGCAUUUAGUGGCGUGACACCCCUUCAUGCACUUGCUAUUGCCUGCACAGAGAAUCUACCCCCCAGCGGACUGGGGAAUAGUCUUACUGUCACUAACCUUCCAUCAAGCUACACUCCAAGGAUUCUACUGAAGCUGUUUCAAGCACGAUACCCAUCGGCCUACAGGGCCACAAUACCACCUGUUACAAUGGAAGGGAGAAAGGUAUAGUCACUUUCCAAGGUAGAAAUUUGAAAACAGUUUGAGGCCAGUACUUUUAAGCACAUGCAGCUGCAAAUGCUGAAGGAAAUGAUGUUCACACGUCCAUCAGUAACACAAGGAAGUUCAAGAUACGCAGGCACAGUCCAAGUCUCUUCCCACUGAACCGUGACGGCAUGGAACCUUGUAUUUGUAUUUGCAUUUGUGAUGUCGUUGUUCAUGUGUUCAGGAGUGCAAAUGUAAGGGCAAGAAAAUUUUUCUAUUUCUUGCGUUGCUGCGUGCACUUGCCUUUGCAUUUGCAUCACACAUGUGGGUCAGAUCUAAGUUUCAUUAGUCUGUCAAAUACGAUUGCCUCUAAUGCCUUGACUGAAUUUUAUAGAGUAAAAGAGUAAUGUGGAAUUGAUCUGAGUGUGGCAGAGUGAAGCAAAGAAGAGAAGCAUAAAGCAGACUUCAGGGCCCAGUUGUUCAAAGGCCAAUUAGCGCUAACCCAGGGCUAAAUUUUAAUCCGCAUUUCUUUUUCUUGGUUCAAAAGCAUUUUCUGUUUUAGAGCUUCCAAUCAUAAAGGUGUCGACAAAAAGGUUUUAAAGUGAAAUUGCCUUCUAAGCUUUCAUAUUUGAAUUAAAAUUUUGCACUAACCCUAGGUUAUCUUAACCCAGCUUUGAACAACCUGACCCAGGAGAUUAUGAUUGACUCAUGUCGACCAAUAAAGAAUUCACAAACUAUGAAGCGGAAGAGAAACAUGCCUGAAGACUAUUUCCCUUUAGUUAAUCUGUCUCUUGUUAGCAGGAUGGAGUUGUUUGAUAAAUUCAUUUGUUGAAAUUAAACAAAGUUAGUGACCAUGGCAACUUGCAUGCUCUGUUCACAAUUUACCCUGGAUGAGUGCUAGCUGGGUUUAGAGAAAUUUGGCCCAGAAAAUCAACCUCCCACUUCAGUGAAAUAAAAUCAUUCAUUCUUCAUGAUAAUAAAACUAAAUUCCUUUGUUGUGGUGUGUUUUACUGUUUUCAGUGCUAUCGUACCAAAACUCCAAAGCAAAGGUUCUUAGAAAAACACCAGAAAGUGAAGGUGAAGAAGGUGCACAAAAAAACUGCAGAAGGCAAAAGGGGAUCACUGUUGACGCCAGCUACUUCAAGUAUAAAUUACAAUCCUUGGUCAAGACGUUAUGUUGGAGAAGGUGGAAGAAUACCUAUCGUUGGCAAUCGACGAGAGUCGCUAAUUGGUAAGAUUUAUAUCAGUAUAAGAUUCUAGGAAACUUCUUACUCACUCCCCUCUAAAAACCAACCUUAACACUAACUUAUCAUUAAGGGCAAUAUGUUGGUUUAGGGGAGAGGUAGGUGGGUGUUUUUCUUGAAUCUUAUACUGAUCCCAAAAGCUGCUAUAAAAAAUAUUGUUAGUUCAAAGGUUUUUAGUAGACUUAGAAUUGUGCCUUAUUUUCCUCUGGGAUGGUAGAGAAAGAUAAAAUAAAAUCCUCAAAUAUGCGAGCAUGAGCGGAAGUUGCCACAUGCAAAAACAGAAGACAGGAAGAGAAGAGAGAGAACACUCAUGAGUUUUACACACAUCCAUGCAUUUCUCUUGCACUGCUAUCUUUAAGGAAAACAAAUGGCUAUUCAUAAGUAGGCUGGGCUAUUCAUAGCAUAGUUCUGGGAUUCAAGGCACUGUUUUGAAUGUGCAGUACAUGAUUCCAGACCUCACACUGCCUCUACUGUCAAAGAGAAGUAUUGCGGCAUAAUAACUUUGUAUUUCAUGUAGAUGACAUCUUACUGGCUUAGACAUGUAAUAUUAUUCUGGAAUGAGUAUGGGUACAACAUAUUCAACUCUCUGUAAGGAAGAGAAAAAUCACUUCUAUGAGAGGUAUGCAGGCGCAGAUCAAGGAUAAAUACUGACCGUAAAUGAGUGCUGAAGGUGCAAGCUUCUAGGGGGCUGUGGGGGGCAUGCUCCCCCUUGAAAUGGCCAUUUCAAGGGGGAGGCCAGUGGGAGUUCACCAUUAGCAAAGAAUGAUAUAGGAGGCCAGGCCAAUGGCAAGUUCUAUUCUCCCCAGAUGAUGAUAGUCUUGCAGAUCGGCGGAUUAUUUCAUCUGGCGAUUUCAACUUGGAAAGUUUAUUUUUAUUAAUAAUAUUAUUAUUAAAAAUACGUUUAUUAUGACAAUCUGUCCGAUCUCCGUAAAACGGUGCAAACUUGUGUGGAUCCACACCUGGGUAUUCAUUGUCGAGAGAUUUCUGUAAAACGGAAUUUAUACGGCAAUGUUCGCCAAUAUAUUAGUUUUCUUAUAGACAUUUUGAAGAUUACACAGUAACUUGUUAUAGUUUGUACCUUGUUACAUUGAUAUGUUUCAUACUCGGCUAUCAAUUAAAGUUGUGGAGUGGAAAUUCUCAAGAGGACCAUUAUAAAUUACAAGCAGUUUCAUUUAAAUGGUCCACAAGCUCAAGAAUUUCAUUUGUUUUCCCUUUUGAAUGGUGCUUAGGCAUGGUGACAUUUGCUGAUCCAAGAGAACUGAGACAAGCUCUUGUGGAGAUGGAUCACCAUAUGGUGUCAAGUGAGAUGACUGCUCCCGAAGGAGGGCUUGCCAGCUUAGUACAGCAUGUACUGCGUGUAAAACUUACUGAGGUGUGUCAUACAUUCAUGCACAAUCAUCGAUAUUUCAUUUACCCAACCAACCCAUGCCUUUUGGGGCCAAAUUUAGGUUGCUUGGAAACUGCACACCUACCCCUCCCUUAAGCCUACAUUUUCUCUUAACUGAGAAGUAAGUGUUAAUGUUGGCUUAGGGGAGGGGUAGGUGUUUGUUUAAGCACACUUGCAAAAGGUCAGAAAUGGCCAGUCGGACCAGUCAUCUUGAAAGUGUAACAGGCCUUGCGCAAAAACCAGAGCUGCUUGUAGUAUUUAGAAAUCAACUGAUCUGGAUGGACAAGUCUGAUUAAUAGUAGAUUUUUCUUUAGUUGACUUGUGAAUGGGCUGGUUUGGCUCGUCAGUUCUGACUAAGUAACACUGGGCCGGAUGAUAGCCGUUAGUAGAGGUUCGACUGUAUUUGUCCCGAGUCCAUGACUGAGAGACAAAUACGAUAGGGGCAUUUAUACGAGGAACAUAAGAUGCGUCUUAAAUCUUAUCUAAGAACAGGUGUUUAAGGGCUGUUCUAAAAUAAGAUGCGUCUUAGCUAAGCCGCGUCUUAUUUUAGACAAAAUGUGCUGUUUAUACGGAAAGUUCGCGUCUUAUUUAAGACGCGUCCUAUGUAAGACGCGUCUUAUUUUUCCUCGUAUAAAUGGCCCAAUUGUAUCAGUAAACCAAUUAUUUGAUUUUCGUAUGGCCUCUAAGUAGUUGCGUGAACACAACACAAUUAACAGACAAAAUAGUGGGGUUUUUUUGUUUGCAGAUGUGGGCAAAUUCUCGAAGCACGUAAGGGACCUUGCGAGACGAAAAGCAGCUAUUAUGUUUGAUAUCUCUGUCUUUUCUGGGUUCAGUGUGAUAUGUCAAUCAAACGAGGCUCUUUCAAUUAUUAGACAGCCUGAUUUCUUUCAAAUCGUAACAUUUGCUUUUUAGUUGGAGAACGAAGAGACGGAAAAGCUUGACAUGGAGGUGGGUGUCCGAGGAAAUGUCUACAAUGUAUCCAAUGUUGAAGGAAAGGCCAAGAUAACUCCUAAAGCUCAAACUGCUGACGCUGUUCAAGACAAAAUGGCUGUGAGUUAGAUGUUUUCUGAGUAAACUAGAUCUAGGAGCUGUGUCACAAGAUUUGUCAAAAUUCAAACAGUGGAAAACUGACCACCUACCGGGACUCAUAAUUGGCAUUAUUAACAAAUUGAACUCAGAAGCUGUGACACAGUCCCUUUAAGUUAGAUUCCUCCAUUGGCGUGUGUUAGGAUACUGUAAAUGCUUGCAGAAAGCAACUUAAAAGUUAGUCCGGCAUUUUGAUUAUUCGGUUUUGCGACACAAUAAUACAAUACUUGUAAAGUGGAUCCUGUACACAUUCUUUACACUUUUAACAGAACUAGAAUCCAGUCCCUUAAUGUUUAACUUUUGUGAUUUUGUCGCAAUUAUUUCUCCAAGAUUCAGUUUUACAUAGAAAAUGAUGCUAAUUUCAAAUAAUUUGUUUUUCUUUUGUUAGGCUGAAGACAAUAAACUAAUAUGCCAGCUAUUUUCUCGCCUGUUGUCAUAUCCAGAAGUAAGUGCUUAAGAUUAAUAAAAAGUGAAAUGUAUAGUGCAAGUCGCUCACUCGCUCAGUGUUUUUGAAAUUUGGACACGACUUUCAACUUUCCGCUGUGAUAUAAGGAAACAUGGCCAAGGUUUUUUUUUUGCAAAGACUUCUGGGAUUGUUAUUGGGGACAAGGAAAAAAAUUGGCCAAUAGCUGACCGGUGCAGCCCUAGUAACCAUCCCGGAAGUCCUUGCAAAAACUAACUUGGCCCACUUGUGGUUUCUUAAGUAGCAAAUAUUGCGUGGCUGUUAGUGACUGGGUCUCGUACCUGUUUUCAGAUUGCGACAGCCAGGAACAAGGAAAGCGAAACUUCUCUGGCGUUCCUGGUAAACAAUUCACGCUGGAUCAAGCUUUCUGCCAACCAAAGACUGCUGCUGACCAAGUAUGGGAACCUUUUGUUUGGACAAGAAGCAACAUCCCCUGGGGGAAGUAGACGAGAGGUAUCAACGCCGUCCGAGACUUCAGACACUGGGAAGGAAGAGGAUCAGAUCAUGGCAGAAAUAAAUAUAACGGGAAUAGCUGAUCCUGCCAUGUUGGAAAGUAACCUGCUUGCGCAGCUUGAUGACAUCUCAAGUAGUUUCCGCAGCAUUGUGGAUACAUUGACUGCUCUGGAGAGAAGGUGCUCAACCGGGGAAGAACAGCAACAAACAGCAUCAGGAGCUGCUGAAGACAAGGCAAGAUCAGCUGUGAAUGGAACUUCAGCGGAUGGAGUUUCAACGGAUGAAGCUUCAGCGUCAGGUGCUGAAAAUCAAUCAGCAGAGCCUAAUCUGAUGUCAUUUCCCACUACUAGCACGAUUGUUACUGAUGACCUGUCUUGCGAGAGCCAGCCUGUUUUGAUACAGCUCACACAAUGCUGGCCCUCAGUUGCAUCGACCGUACUUGGGUACUAUCCAAAGGAUCCUUCAGAUGUUAACAUGGUGGAGGUACCAAGGGACUCCAGUGGAGAUGAUCAGAAAAACCAUCCCGUGCUGGCCCUAUGGAAUCAUGUGCGCUUGACUCGUUUGUGUUUGAACUGCUGUCACAUGCUGACGAAGCUGUCCUAGUCAGCUUUGUGGAGACCAUCGUUAAUGAGAUGAACAAGUACUCGGAGUGCAUCACUCUGGAAGCUGUUCAGGGUGUAGGUGAGCUGAACAGUGCCUCAAGUCCAAGAGAGGUUGCUAUGACUGUGGGAAUCAAGUUUCUGAGAUCUGUAAUCCGACAGUUGGCCGUACAUCUUAGCAGGUCUGGUUUGUCUUAUGUUGAUCUUCGAACUAGGCUUGGAUCAAACUCCUCGUCAAGUGGUGGCAGAAACAGUCAAAGUGAUAACCUAGAGUUCAAGAGGAAAGUCAGGUACGUUCAAGGGUAUAAAAUGUCAAAAUUAGGUUGUGUUUGAUCGUCCGGGUGAACGUGGUCCUGAAUAGGACUGUUGUUGUUGACGGUGACUGACGUUUCGACAACCUGUGCGGUAUUCAUCUUCAGAGUCAAAGUGAGUUGUAUCACGUCAGUUGAUGGUAUUAUACUCUGGUUAUUGAUCUGAUUGGUCAAUUACGUCGCGAUGUUAUUGGUCGUCUGUCAGUUAAGCCGUGAUGUUAUUGGCUAUGACGACCCGAACGAUCAAACUCAACCUACUUUUGAAAUGACUCCUGGGUUCAAACCUUUCACAGGUAUAAAAUGUCUUAAAGAAAUUGUUCCAUUCCCAAAACUAUUCAGGAACUUUAUUUUUACAUUUAGUUUGAAGGAGAAUAAACCACAGAAGAGAAAUGUUCUUCCACGCAUAUACAUUAGUUCAGUUUAUAUACUGUAGAUCAUCUCCGUUCUCGGGUUAAGCCAGAAUAGCGAAAGUCGAACGAAUUUCAGCGCCAGCCCUCGUUGUCAAGUUGUUUUUUAAGUUUUGCGUGAUUGAAUUCCUUGUAGUACUGUUGAAAAGAAUUAUUAUUAAAGAGUUAUUAUUAUUAUUAUUAUUAUUAUUAUUAUUAUUAUUAUUAUUAUUAUUAUUAUUAUUAUUAUUUUUAUUUUUAUUUAUUUUUUUUUUGUCUUCCUUUUUUUCACCAAAAUAAAUUGGUUAUCAUUGCAGAAUGAUCUUGCGCUCAUUUUCCUGGCUGGCUGCUCACGAGCUGGUAGAAGCAGCAGAAGCCUCUGUCCUUCCAGUAAGAGAGGGUGUGGCUAAACCCCAACCCCGCUCCACUGGUUCCUCCAUCAGCAACAGCAUCCCUCAUCAAAAUGGAGGAAUAUAUCCAGCAAGAUUCCAGUGUAGACCGGGUAGGUCAUAAAGUGAUCUGACUUCUAUUGAUCUCGGCUACAAACCAGGAGCCUGGCGCCCAUAUUCGCACAUACGCCCGUGCAUACAGCUGAAAUCUGGAAAAAUAUACAUUUUUUUAUUUCGUGAAAGCAUUGUUGUCAUUAAAUCGGGAUGUUUGAUAAAUCUUUCGCAUUGUUUUGUAUUUCUGAGCCACCAGAUAUGAAACAUUUUCUGGGGGAGCAUGCCCCUAGACCCCCCUAAUUUGGAGUGCCUUCGGCGGUCUAACCUUUCUUCCCAUGUGUACAUGUACGCCUUCAAAAUCUCACGCUACGCUCCCGCAAACUGUGUUGUCAAUUUUCUGGGUUGUAACUUAGGUUUACUCAAUUAAUUUGCAUUCGCCACUUGAGCAUUUCCCUAGCCUGUAUGUCAGGCCCUCAGAUAGUAGGGAGGUCGUGAAAACAGGUCAAGCCAAGUCCACGAUUUUUUUUGCACAUUACUUUCUUGGAGCCUGGAUUAGACUGACAUUUCCCAUAAUACACCUUGUUUCAACAUCAGCGUCAAGUCUCAUCGCGCCAGUAGGCGCAUAAGGCCUCCUAAAAAUGUCCCCUAAAAUUUUGUACUAGUGAUGCUGAAGACGCACUAAGCGGUCGUCUUAUUUUACACUCAGGGAUUCGAGUCAGUGGACCUCAUGAUUCAUCUGGCAGAGGGCAUGAUCCACUGCUCAGGACUGCUCAAAG